GUCAUUGUCUGAGCAUGUUAGUGGAUCGCCACAGAAAUAAUCUGUCGUGAGUCAAUGAUGACUCAAACAACAAACAAACAGAAUAAUGAUGCCACAGUGUUUUAGUCAGCUUGUGUUGACACUGAAUGCCUCCUAAUAGCGUUUAGCCUAUGUUUCACGGGUCAGUAAGCAAUUUAUUAUCUCAUAAUCUCAACUUCUGUAACACGAUUUAAAUGGUCAGAUGUUAGGAUAAUCAAGUGUCUUGUAUUACAGGAUUUGAGAAAUAUAAGGAUGCUCAUAUAGAUUCUACACUGAACAGCAGUUCAGAUGAUGAUUGGAAUUACUCUUAGGGGUCACUGAAGGUCAAGUCAUCUUAAAUUGAAGUGGCUCCUCCUAUGAUGUCAUCUGAGGUCCAGUAUUAACCCAGAGCUUCCCCCAUUGACUCGGGAAGUAUCGGGAAGUACUGGAUUCAUCAGGCUUCAGCCACUUAUUGAACACAGUCAGAAGUGUGCGCGUGUCAGAUGAUGGCACCGCAGGUCGUCAGCUCACCCUUCCUGAAGCCAUUCUUCCUGAAGACGCCGAUAAGCGUCGCCAGUCCUCGGCGGCAGCGUCGACACACGUUACCUGCGAGCGAGUUCCGUAAUCUCACCCCACAGGACGCCAUUAGCGUGUUUGAGAUUGAGAGAGAAGCGUUUAUCUCUGUUUCUGGAGAAUGUCCACUCACCCUUGAUGAGGUGCUUAGUUUCCUUGGCCAGUGUCCUGAGCUCUCGAUGGGAUGGUUUGAAGAGGGCCAGCUGGUGGCCUUCAUCAUUGGAUCUGGCUGGGACAAAGAGAAACUAGAACAGGAGGCCAUGACUACACACGUCCCAGACUCUCCAACGGUACACAUCCACGUGUUGUCUGUGCACCGCCACUGUCGACAGCAGGGCAAAGGCUCCAUCUUGCUUUGGCGCUAUCUCCAGUACUUGCGCUGUCUCCCCGGUCUACGUCGGGCCCUGCUGGUCUGCGAGGAGUUCCUGGUGCCCUUCUACCAGAAAGCUGGCUUUAAGGAGAAGGGUGCCUCGGCCAUCAGCGUGGGGGCGUUGGCCUUCACAGAGAUGGAGUAUCCACUUGGAGGCCUGGCUUAUGCACGACGAAACAGCGGAUGUUAGUUUCCUUAGCUCGUUCAAUCUGGAUUCGGGACACCAUGCGUAGAUUCUGGAUGGCUCUUGGCAAUCACAGGCUCAAAGCCCAGUUACCACCUGAGCAAGGAACCAGAGACUUACCUAUGCACUCAUUUAAAGAGAUUGGAGCCUUUACAUUUGGGUAUAUAAAGGCUACAAAUAUUGGUUGUUUACUACAUUUUUUUCUUGUGUACUGCUGAAGAUACACAGCACACUUUACUGGUCAGAAAACAGUGGUUGUUUUAACAGUUAAUAAAGAAAUUCUUUAUUUUUUAUUUGGAAAAAUAAUCACCAUAUUCAAAAAAACAAUUAGUUUAAUCAAUAAAAAAUGAUAUUCUUUAAUUUAAUAACAUUUAACAUUAACAUUCUCCUGGUAAAAAAAAAAAGUCUGUUAUUAUUUAUUUUUAAUAACUUUCCAACUCUUUGGAUUGCAAGUGGACAAUGAAAUGUUGAAUAUAUUGUAGAAACAAAUCUUCCUUAUAUAUUACUGCAUUUGUGACAAUGUAUUUUGGAAAUGCAAAAUAAGUAUACAGUGUAUGAACUGAUGUAAACUUUAAUUAGAAUGUCAUUAAACGUUCUCUGUGGCAUUAGUCAUACUAUCAUGUGUAUCUAAUCAAAAAUAAAAA